GAACCUAGGCGUUGUCCCGCAGCAUGCGAUUGUGCUUCCUGAUUCUCUUAAUCCCACACAUACUUUGUAACAACAUCGAAAUUCACAACGUUAGCAACGAUCCAGUAGUCAUAGUGAAGAUAGGAGAAGCAAGAAUCAUAGAAGGAUACCAGAAAUUCGUACAUGCCAUCAACAUAACGGACAUAGAACAGUCAAUAUCGCAGAUAGAAAGUCACAUAUCCACAGUAAACAUCAGCCAUCCAGAACUAAUCACACUACUGAAACGAAAGACAGACGACCUAAGAAAUAAUAUAAAACAACUCAAACCAAGACGAAAACAAAAACGUUGGGACGCGCUAGGACGAGCAUGGAAAUGGAUGUCUGGUUCACCUGACGCUGACGACCUUAGAAUAAUUACAAAAGGCAUAAACGAAAUGGUCGACAAUAGUAACAAACAAAUCAAAAUUAACGACCAAGUUUUUGAUAGUUUAGGAAACCUCACAGAAAUAACUAAUAAACUCAUCAACAUUACAGAACAAAAUUCCAAGCUUUCUUCAGAAGAAACUCAGGUAUUACAUUUGAUUUUAAAUUUAGACAUCAUCAAUCAGGAGAUAGCAAGCAUACAGGAAGCCAUAAUAUUUGCAAAAUUAGGGACAGUCAAUUACAAGCUUCUAACCACGGACGAAAUCACCCAAAUUGACGAAUUGCUAAGCAACCAAGGCAUGCACCUGGACCUCUUAAAAGAAGCCAUCAACUUUGCGAAGGUGACCAUCGGCACAAACAACGAGUUAUUGCUCUACGUGGUAAACAUCCCCAAGUUUUAUCAUCCGGUCUACGAAGUACUGAAAAUCGAAGCCAUCUUAAAAAAUUCUCAACGCAUCCAUUUGAAAGGAAAUAUUUAUUUACGAAACAAGAACGAAUUGUUACUACAGAAAACACCUUGUGAACGACUUGGAAAUUGGAGUCUAUGCUAUCAAUCAGACGUAGAAGACAUUUCGGACGACAACUGCGUUUCCAAACUAGCAAGGGGAACGGAAAGCAAAUGCACAUACGAACAUAAUCCCAAGCACCCUUCCGUAACCAAAAUCAGCGAAACUACCGCACUUCUCAACGACAUUAAUACCAAUCUUCAAACAACAUGUGGAAUCUCCAAUAGGAACCUAACCGGAUCAUUUAUGAUCAUGUAUCAAAAUUGUUCUAUAACCAUUGGAGAACACACUUUAACCAACAACGUCAUCAAAACAGUUAACCAAAGAAUCUUCAUCCCAUCAACAGGAUUAAAAGUAAAGGAAGGAGGACUCGAACGUAAAUUCGACAUCCACACACUUCAUCAAGUACAACACCAGCAUUUGAACCAAUUGCAACAUCUUAAAUCCGCAACGGCAGCUAAUUCCUGGUCUCUCAUAGGAGGAUUUUCAUUCUCGACAUCGAUCAUCAUUUUUAUCAUAAUUUUCGUUAUGUUCAAAUUUCGUUCUCAAGGCACCUUCAUUCAAAUUGACCGAUCCAACACUUCACCCAUCGAGGCACCCACGGCUACCAAAGACGUCCAGUACUAUCAACCAGCUUCAACCAUUCCGGCAGGGCUAACCGUCUAACGUUGACCCAGGAGGCUCAACACUCGGGGGAGAGCAGUUAUCACCCAGUAGCCCACGCACCACAGCAAAGUAAAGCAAUCGUCAUUCGUCAGUUGGUCACACGGAUUAUCGCUGACGACGACAAAACAUCCGCGCGGUAUCGCGUAUCAUUCUGAUUGUUUAGGCUAGGAGGCAAUAUCGUUUUGUUUAUUGUGAGGUU